UUCCGCUUCAAAGGCGAGGAGAUUGACCGGGAGUCGUGGAUUCUCUUCGGCGGCGUUUCAGUGUCCAGGACUUGUCCAGAACCAAGGCAUCAAUUCAGGAGAAAGGGGAGCUUCUCUGCCAGGAGCCCAAUUGAGGAACCUGAGUGCACCAAUCUCCUGUCCUUUGACCCAGACUCCUGCCUGUAGUUCCUGUCCACGGCCAUCAUGCCCCGUAGGCAGAAGAGUAAGGUCCGUGGUCAUGAGACACGUCACCAGGCCCAGGCUGAGACCCAGGGUCUUCAUGAUCAAGCCACCACAUCUAGGGGAGAAGAGACCACCUCCUCCUCCCCGCCUGAUUUAGAGAGCGUUCCCUCAAGCUCCUCAGCUGCUGGCACCCCGAAGGUGCCUCAGGGAGUGCAAGGCACCACCAGUGCUGCUGCAGGUGCUAUACCCAAAAGACCCGGUGUCGGUGCUGCAGCACGCUCAAGAGCUGGUGUCAGUGCCGCAGCAUGCUCAAGAGCUGGUGUCGGUGCCACAGCACAUUCAAGAGCUGGUGUCGGUGCCGCAGCACACUCAAGAGCAGGUGUCAGUGCUGCAGCAUGCUCAAGAGCUGGUGUUGGUGCCGCAGCAUGCUCAAGAGCUGGUGUCGGUGUCGCAGCACGCUCAAUAGCUGGUGUCAGUGCUGCAGCAUGCUCAAGAGCUGGUGUCGGUGCUGCAGCACGCUCAAGAGCUGGUGUCGGUGCCGCAACACGCUCAAUAGCUGGUGUCAGUGCCGCAGCAUGGUCAAGAGCUGGUGUCGGUGCCGCAGCACGCUCAGUAGUUGGUGUCAGUGCCACAGCAUGCUCAAGAGCUGGUGUCAGUGCCACAGCAUGGUCAAGAGCUGGUGUCAGUGCCACAGCAUGCUCAAGAGCUGGUGUCGGUGCCGCAGCACGCUCAAUAGCUGGUGUCAGUGCCACAGCAUGGUCAAGAGCUGGUGUAGGUGCCGCAGCACACUCAAGAGCUGGUGUCAGUGCCACAGCACGCUUAAGAGCUGGUGUCAGUUUCACAGCAUGCUCAAGAGCUGGUGUAGGUGCCGAGGGCCAAGGUCAGGGAGAUGAAAAUUCCUCCCAGGCCUCAGCUGCUGCUGAGAGCUCUCACACAGAUCCUCUGACCAAGAAUGUACAGGUGUUGGUGCAGAAGAUGCUGUAUAAGCAUAAGUUGAGGGAGCUCAUUAAGAGGUCAGAAAUGCUGAAGGCAAUCAAUAAAAGGUACAGGGAGCAAUUCCCUGAGAUCUUCAGGAGAGCUGCUGAGCACAUAGAGAUUGUGUUUGGCCUGGUCCUGAAGGAAGUCAGACCCAAUGGUCACUCCUAUAUCCUGGUGAGCAACCUAGAUCUCAGCGACAGUGAGUCUAUGAGAAGUGACCGGGGGCUGCCAAAGAAUGGUCUUCUGAUGCCUCUGCUGGGUGUCAUCUACCUGAAUGGCCGCCGCCUCGCUGAGGAGGAGGUCUGGAAGAUCCUGAAUUUUCUGGGCGUCUAUGAUGGAAGAAGGCACUUCAUCUUUGGAGAUACCAGGAAGUUCCUCACAGAAGAUCUGGUGCGGGAAGGGUACCUGAAGUACCACCGGGUGCCAGGCAGUGAUCCCCCUCGCUAUGAGUUCCUGUUGGGUCCGAGAGCGCUCAUGGAAACCAACAGGAUGAAAAUCCUGAAGUUUAUGGCCAAGGUCAAUGAAACAGUCCCUGCUGCCUUCCUAGACUCUUUUGAAGAGCCUUUCAGACAGGAAGUAGAGAGCACCAGGGCCAGAGAUGUAGCCAGCAUUGGCACUUCUGCCUCGGGCAGGGCUGGCACGUCUGUCUGGGAUAAUGCAGACACUUAUGUCUCGGUCUGGGAAGGCCCUUCUGCUGCAGCCCAGGCUGAGCAUCCUGCCUCAGUCAUGCCUCGCCUUUCUGCUGCAGCCAGUGCUGGCCCUUCUGCCUCGGCCAGUGCCCAGGCUAGGGCCGCAUCCAGCUGGUCACCUCGCCCCUAGUGUGGUCUGAAGGCAGUUCUUCACUUUGUGGUCAGAAAAGCCUGUCAUCAUCCUGUGUUCCUGUUGACU